UAACUAAAUAACGAUCGCGCAGGCGGGAAAUUGACUUCACUGGAUUCAUCCCUGGGUUGUUUAUCUUUUUUUAUUUAUUACUCCUCCUCCUGCCCGCGGAUAAAGAGGAGGAGGCGGUUGUGUUUGUAAACAGAAAGUGUAGCCGUUCAUUCGAGGUACGAAGAAAAAUGAGCACGGCAACGGGGGACGAGAUCAUCCGCAUCGCGAAGAAGAUGGAGCGGAUGGUGCAGAAGAAGAACACGGUAGGAGCUCUGGAUUUGUUGAAGGAACUUAAAAGCCUUCCCAUGACGUUGGAGCUCCUUCAGUCGACCCGGAUUGGCAUGUCUGUGAACGCCAUCCGCAAACAGAGUGGGGAGGAAGAAGUGACGUCUCUAGCGAAAGCGCUCAUAAAAUCCUGGAAAAAACUACUAGAUGGUCCUUCUGGUGACAAAGAACCAGAAGAGAAGAAGAAGGAGCCUCCACCUCCUGCUCAGAGCAGCCCAGAGGCAAAGGAAGAGAGCAGUUCAAGCAGCAAUUCCAGCUUCCGGAAAGAAGAGUGUUCAACCUCCUCCGAUGGACUUAUUACCUCAUAUCCACGCGCGCCCAGCACUUCCGAUUCAGUAAGACUGAAAUGUAGAGAACUUUUGGCUGUGGCUCUCAAAACAGGAGAUGACUACAUUGCCAUCGGUGCUGAUGACGAGGAGUUGGGUGCUCAGAUUGAAGAAGCAGUAUUCCAAGAGUUUAAAAACACAGAUGCAAAAUAUAAGAACAGAGUGCGGAGCAGAAUCGCAAACCUCAAAGAUGCAAAAAACCCAAACUUGAGGAGGAACGUUUUGUGCGGCAACAUUGCUCCUGAUGUGUUUGCCCGAAUGACUGCGGAGGAAAUGGCAAGUGACGAACUAAAAGAAAUGCGCAAAAACUUGACCAAGGAGGCAAUCCGAGAGCAUCAAAUGGCCAAGACUGGAGGCACAGAGACUGACUUGUUUAGCUGUGGCAAGUGCAAAAAGAAGAAUUGUACCUACACACAGGUUCAGACCCGCAGUGCUGAUGAACCUAUGACAACUUUUGUUUUUUGCAAUGAAUGUGGAAACCGAUGGAAGUUUUGCUAAAUGGAUACGAUACUGCCACUCUCUUACAACAUGAAAGACAUUUUUGAAUUUGGUAAACCAAAUAGUUUUCUGAAAAGAAGAUUUUUAAAACCUGGAUUCGGACCAGCAGGAUUAUUGGAGAUCUUAGAUCAAAAUCACUAUUGAAUAAGUCCUCCCUUUUUUCCGUAAACAGAAGAUGUUCCAAUUUUAUGGUGCACCCUUAUGAGGCUUCAGAUUUUUUUUUGUGUGUUUUCUUUUUUUUAAUAACAUGGACAAGAUUAAACUUUUAUCAAUUAUGAUA